AUGUCUUCUUCCAAGAUCGGGUCUCUGAAGACGGAGGAGAUCACCUUCGAGGACCUGGGAGAGGAGCACGACUACCGGGUGUUCACUAUAUGGACUCUAGUCAGCUACCUGAUCAUGCUGACGGAGAUCUGUCUGAGUUUCGGGUUCCUGGCCUCAGAUAUAUACACCUUGGUGCAGAUAUACGCCCUCAAUGACUGGGACACGUACCACGCCAUCAGCUACGUGCCUCUGCUGGCCUACCGGAUAAUCUUCACCACGUGUAUCGGCAUCUCCAUGGCAUGGCUCUCCUACGAACGUUUCUGCAUUUACGAAAAAUCCACCACCAAGUCGUUCUUCGACUGGUUCUCUCUCACCGCAUACCGCUCCUACUAUUUUUCCAUCUACCUGUGGCUUUUUGCAGAUACCCCGAGACAGAUCCUGAAUGGUGCGACGAUUGCCUACUCGAUGUCAAACUCGUUCACGUCCAGCGACAUCGGCGCCGUCGUGAAGACCAUUGCGCAGGCCAACAAACGCGAGGCCGUGCUUCUGUCGUUCAUGACGUUCUCCUUCAUUGUGUGGGUGAUCUUCACAGUCAAGUACGUCUGCGUGAUCAUUGGCUCGUUCUACGUGGUCAGCGAGAUCCACUCCCGGCACAGAACCACUUUCGGGAAAUAUUGUCGACGCUUGGUGGCCGACAGCGUGAUCGAGCUGUACGAGAAACACGAGAAGGAGCUGCGCAAAAAUCGCCCUCGGCCGUACAGGGACAGAACAGACCUGGCUGAAAAGCCUGCGUCGUUCAUGAAAGAGUACCUGCCCUUCAGAGACACCUACGACAACUUCUCCAAGGACUCGCUGCAGAGACCCGUUUUCGCCAGAGAUCCGUUCAAAUCUCCCAACAACUCGUCGGAGUCGCUCCCCAGCUUCCCUGAAGAUCCGUUCAACGAGGUGAUCAAUGUCUCGCAGACCAAACAGAACAGGGCCCUGGGCCAGAAGCUGGAGAUCCCGUACCCGCAAGAGCUGGUUCUCAGCGACUCCACCAUGACCGACUCCGAGUCCCAGACACAGGACAUCUACAUCUCCAAAUCGAGCACCUACUCCUCGCGGAAGCCGAGCGACCACUCGAUAGAGUGCACGCGGCCUGUCGACCGCACUCCCCCACGCAACAUCUACGCCGCCGCAUCUCUCGACCAGAGCCUGAGAAAGUAUACAUAG